GAACUUCUCGGCGUUAGGACCGCGCACGGCUCUGUGAGUGCGAAAAUCCCUGCAUAGGGACCGCUCGUUCUCUCCAUCAGAAUAGCUCGGAGGCUGUUUGCUGCGGUGCGGCGCCAUCACCAACUCUCCUCCUCCCGCUCGGUCUUCUGAUCCAGCAGAACACCGACCGAACCUGAACCAUCUGGGCAUAUCUCCGAGGGACGGAGCUCUCCUUAUGGGCUCACAAUGCGCAGGAUACGGGCCAACGCCAUCGCAAUCUUGACUGUAGCGUGGAUCCUGGGAACAUUUUAUUACCUGUGGCAGGACAAUAAGCCGCACACAUCAUCCCCGUCCUCGGCCUCGCAACCCCGCGUCGGGGACAGCAGGAGCCAUGCCGGACGACCUGACAUCCACCGAGAUGACAGUCACAGGACCAUUCCGCUAAUCAUGACCCAGUCCCCACGGGCGGAGCCGCAGCAGGGUCAGCUCAUAGGGAGUUUCGAUGAGAAGGCGUACCUGUUGGGGAAACAGCUGAAGGCGGGAGACGACCCCUACAGAGACCACGCCUUCAACCUGGCUGAGAGCGACCGACUCGGCUCCGAACGGGCCAUCAGAGACACACGGCACUACAGAUGUGCCUCCGUGAAUUACGACGUUAAGCUUCCUCCUACGAGCAUCAUCAUCACCUUCCACAAUGAAGCUCGCUCCACCCUGCUCCGCACCAUCAAAAGUGUCCUGAUGAGGAGCCCUCCCUCUCUGAUCCAGGAGAUCAUCCUGAUAGACGACUUCAGUACCGACCCUGAGGACUGCCAGCUGCUCUCCCAGAUCCCCAAAGUACGCUGCCUGAGGAACGGCCGCCGAGAGGGUCUGAUCCGGUCCCGGGUACGAGGGGCGGGAGCUGCCUCCGCCCCAAUCCUGACCUUCCUGGACAGCCACUGUGAGGUCAACACUGACUGGCUUCAGCCCAUGAUACAGAGGGUCAAAGAGGACCAUACUCGGGUUGUCAGCCCCAUCAUCGAUGUCAUCAGCCUGGAUAACUUUGCCUACUUGGCAGCUUCAGCUGACUUGAGGGGAGGGUUUGACUGGAGUUUACAUUUUAAAUGGGAACAGAUUCCCAUCGAACAGAAGAUGUCCAGGAAUGAUCCCACUCUGCCUAUCAGAACUCCAGUGAUUGCAGGAGGGAUCUUUGUGAUGGACAAGAGCUGGUUCAACCACCUGGGGCAGUACGACACUCACAUGGACAUCUGGGGAGGAGAGAACUUUGGUGAGAUCACUGGGGGAGGAGGAGAGAACUUUGCCUUCACUUCUUAG